AUGCAGCAAAGUCGAACAGACCUCAUUGACGCGGUGCUAAACUCCAGCUGGAGUCAAUUCACGGCUUCUCGGUUUCAACAAAGCCAACCCACCGAAUCGAAGUUCGUACAAAGUCGCGUAGGAGAUUCACAACAAAAGAAUCUGGCCGAAACCCAUCAACGUCUAAAGAUUGACAUCGACGCAGCCCGACAAGGAAUCACCAAGCAUCUCGUCGCUGCUUCAUACGCACAUCGGGCACGACCUCCGCGCGUCAAGGCCGAGGGUGAAGUACAAUUAAACAUGGAAAAUGUGCCAGCUUUCGAAGCUGCUGCCAGUCAGAACUCCAGCUCUAUCGAAACAAAGCAAGAACGCGUUGUUCCCGCGUACCAUCCUCAUCUUGGUUCCAGGGCACAAUUUGAGAAGCAAUACGGCUUGACUCCUGGCGCCAGCUUCGCGACAAGCCGCGUUCACAGUCAAGCAGUCCAUAUCAAGCAGGAAGUCACUCCAUCGCGCAACAUUGCAAACGGUUCUUUCAACGCGUCGCCGAAGCAGACACAAGAAAUCAAGCAGGAGGAUGGCGUACCAACUGGUGCUUCCAAUGGAACUUUCAGCCUUCAAGGUUUACCCCAAUCCGUUGAUCAUCAAUCGACUGCUCCUGUUGCCGAGGCUAGUUGGGACACAGUCGAUGCCUGGUCACAACAACCACAGCAGCAAGCUCGGGUUCCUUCUCCGUCUAUCAAAGAAGAAGGCACUGAAUCUCCAGAAGUCACUUUCAUCUUGAGUCAUAAGGAGAAAUCUCAACAAGUAGUCUCCCGGCCAAAUGCAUCUGGCUUGUCUGCUAGUCGAUAUGCUUCGAACCUUUCCCAAUACCCAAUCCCUCCAGUCGUCAAGAAAGAAGCACUUGUCUCUCACCCACCACAAUUGAAGAACAACAACACGAAUGGAUACAGUCAAGCUCUCGCCGAUCCCUUGGCCUUCAUGUCUGCUACAGGCACUCUGUCCAAUUUCAAGCAGUCCCAUCAAUCACAGACCCCGAUGCCUUUGCUAGCUAAACGCGUAGCUCCCCAGCAGACUCAAGACCCUCCAGGACCACUGACUGUAGCUCCGCAAAAGCCCGAGUCAAAAGCAUUCCAAGCAAGCGGAUGGCCUGAAUUCCCUUCCGCAUCGAGUAACGUGGUCCACACCAAGUCCGAGUCAAAGCCCUUCCAACCAAGCGGAUGGUCCAGAUUUCCUCCUUCGCUUGAUAAGCCAGAUAAAGCUAUUGUUCAAUCCGGAGUAGUUUCAGCUGGCAUUUCCUCUGCAAAAGCAAUUCCAUCUGCUCCAGCAGCUGCCCGAGGUUCCGCCCCAGCUAUGCAAGCUAGGGCCACUUCCGGAUCGCAGAGCUUUGCCGCAGAGGAGUCAAAGAAGAACAAGAAGCCACUUGAGCCUGUCAAGUUUGUUCCCGCAGCAUGGCCAGACGAUGAUAUCGACAAACAACCAGAACUACCACCACCUGCCAAAGCUGUUGAACAGAAGACUCCGGCCUCACAAGUUUCCGUACGCAAAGCCCCGGUUCUUAUCGAGUCAUCUCAAUACCAACCCUAUAUCGAUGCCGACCCUCAACACCGCACUAUCGCUCACUCAAUCCAGCCCAGCUCUCGCGUGAAGCCACUCUCUGAAGUCGUCAACGCCGAUAAGAUCAUGAUCAAGAACCUUGAAGCACAACUCGACAGGCAAGGAGCUCGACUCGAGACGGUUGAACAGGAGUUAGAGGCGUACAAGGAGGAAUACACCGAGUUGGAUCAUGAGCUAGCUACUUACAAAGCCGAAGCUGAAUACACUAAGAAUCUUCGCGAGGAGAACAAGAAACUCAAGGCUGAUUAUGAGGCUCUGAAGGCACAUCUUGAAACACCUGCCACUCCCGGUGCUGCUCCAACCGCUGCACAGAUGGAAUGGCUCACCGCCCGAAACCAAGAACUUCAGCUUGAGAACCACCUCAGGGAACCUCUCUUCAGAAUCGGCAGAGAUAUUCGAGCUCGUUUCCUGGAAGAGGGUCGCGAGAGUGUUCUUCAUAUCACGAGACGUGAGAUGGACAAGUCUCUUCUCGAGCGUGGUCAUGCUGCUAACUCCAAUGCCAACGCCGAAGCAGACGCCGCUGUCCUGAAUGGAAGAUUCUUGACAAACGAACAAUACAAGAAGCUGGUGCCUGUCUUCCAUACGCUUUAUGGUGACUACCCGGAUGUGCAUUACAAGAAUUCUCCAAGAGUCAGAGAAGCAAUGGAGGCAUAUGCCACUUGUCAAACAUCAGCGGCUUGCAACUCUAAGCAUCCCAGCCUGCCGGUAGAAGAAUUGAGAAGAGUUGCGCACUUGACGAAGACGUUGUGCCAGCAAUCUACUAAGAUGGAGCACAAGGAGUUCGACGAGGAUACUGGUGGACAUGCUGAAAAGCACAUUGUUAUGAUCAAGGAGGCGAUGGUUCCGAUUUUGAAGUUUGACCGCAAGUGGAGCCGCUUUGCUAUCAAGGAGAAGCUCGCACGUGAUGCUACAGGAUCCUCGACCACGAAGAGCCCAGCGAAGAAGUAG